AUGAUGCCACUCCCGGGAAGAAAAUGUCAAACAACAACGACCAGCACAGACACCCCAGCGGCCAAGAAGCUGAAGAUGGACCCCUCCCCACAAAGCCCUUCAGGAAAGAGUACUCCUAAGCCCUCAUCUGGGAAAUCCACACCCAGCGCCAGCAGUGAUGUGCAGCUGACAGAAGAUGCAGUGCGUCGGUAUCUGAUCCGCAAGCCCAUGACCACCAAGGACCUGCUGAAGAAGUUCCAGACAAAGCGCACUGGACUCAGUAGCGACCAAACGGUCAAUGUGCUCAACCAGAUCCUCAAGAAGCUCAACCCAGAGAGGAAAAACAUCGGUGACAAAAUGCAUUUCUACCUCGAGUGA